AUGAGCAACGAAGGAAACAUCACAUCCAUCAAAGCCAAUGAUAACAAUGGCGGCGAUUCCUCUGAUCUCCCUGCCGUUCCCUCCUUAGAUCUUGGAACUGAGGAUCUUGAUCUUCUUGAGGAGCUAAAGGCAAUUACCAAACGUGUUCUGUUUCUCAAGGACAUUCAGGUUAAACACGAUGAACUCGAAGAGAAGUUUCUUGAAGAAAAAUCUGCAUUGGAGGCAAAAUAUGAUACUAUCUACAAGUCUCUAUUUGAUAAGAGGUAUAAAAUUGUGAAUGGUAUGGUGGAAGCUGAGACAGAGAAAGAAGGAGUACCUAAUUUCUGGUUGAUUGCAAUGAAAACCAACGAAAUGCUCGCAAACGAGAUAACCGAAAAAGAUGAAGGAGCAUUGAAGUAUCUAAAAGACAUCAGAAGUUUCAGAGUAGAAAACAAUUCAAGAAACUUCAAGCUCGAGUUUCUCUUUGACCCUAACCCUUACUUCAAGAACACGGUUCUGUCUAAAACUUACCAUGUGACCGAUGACGAUGAAGAUGGCCCUGUUCUUGAUAAAGUGUUUGGAACGGACAUAGAAUGGUGUCCAGGUAAAUGUUUGACUCAGAAGGUUGUUGUGAGGAAGAGACCAAAGAAAGGGUCAAAGAAGGUCAACAACAUCCCCAUGACCAAAAACGAAAACUGCGAGAGCUUCUUCAACUUCUUCAAGCCCCCUGAUAUUCCUGAGUUUGAUGAGUUUUAUACCACCAUGCAGCUAACAUUGCGUACAAAUCUUGAAAUGUUGCAGACGCAAGAACUCCAAAGCCUGACGGACCAAGACUAUGACAUUGCUGUGACAAUCCGAGACAAACUGAUCCCUCAUGCAGUUUCAUGGUUUACUGGAGAGGCUCUUGUUGAUGAAGACGAUUAUGAUGAGGAUGAUGAUGAGACUGAUGAUGAGAAGGAUGAUUAA